GAACAAGAGGCCGCUGAAUUAGUAUCAGAUUAAGUGUUCAUCAACUUUUGCAUCGGCCAUGACUAACAACCCAAGAGUUUUGAAAGCCUUUAAGGCGACGAGGGCCUUGGGAAUCCCUGAUAGAUUGGUCAAACCAGUUCUGAAGAAUUUGCUGGCUGUGUAUGAUAAAAAUUGGGAGCUUAUUGAAGAAGACAACUAUAGGACUCUUGUGGAUGCAUAUUUUGAGUCUCAGGAUAAUAAGGGAGAAGAAGAUAAGAGAGAAGUUGAUAUGGGGCACGGUGGGUCUGAAAGACCAACGAAAAAACUGCAUUUGGCUAAUGACGAAGAUCAUGGAGAAAGUGAAAUUCCUUCAAGAAUGGUCAGCCGACAGGCAAGCAUGGAGUCUUCUGAACCUUGUUUAAGAGACGGCAGAGCUGGGUCUAGUUCUCAAAUUCCCCUCAAACAGUCCCGUGACAAAGGAAACAAUCCCACAUCAUCUGCAGUCUCACGUGGUAAUCACAAGAAAGACUUUCUGAUUCCAAAAACAGAGGAAUCCACAAAUUGUGUUCCAGUUUCUGCACAACCAGCUCCAAUGAGACGUCCAGGUUCAUCAGGGGGUUCAACUGGGGGUAACUCUGUCACAUCCUUAGCGUCCUCCGAAGUGGGUACAAGUGGUCGGGAUGCCCUCCAUGUCUCAGGACCAAGUAAGGGACCUUGUAGAAUAGAACAUUCUCAGGUAGAUUUAAAUGGUAUGGGUUCGAGCUGUCUUAUCACUCGUGAGGGAAAGAAGCCAAUUAAAUCUCUCGAUGACAUAUCAAAAUCUACCGAAAAAGUGAAAAUAUCAUUGGCAGAUGAAAUUGGAAAUGAGUCUCUCCCGAAGUUCAAUUAUAUUCCAGAAAAUAUCGUUUACCAACAUGCCAAUGUGAAUAUCUCACUGGCCCGUAUUUCGGAUGAAGACUGCUGCAUUGGUUGUUCAGGAGAUUGUCUUUCAUCAGAAUUUCCAUGUGCAUGCGCUCAAGAAACCGGUGGGGAUUUUGUGUACACAAAACAAGGCCUGCUAAAAGAAGACUUUCUAACGGCUUGCAUGAGGGAACCAGAUAAGCAAAAUUUUUUUUAUUGUCAAGACUGCCCCCAUGAGAGGUUGAAGAAUGAGUACAUGCCUGAAAAAUGCAAAGGUCACCACAUCAGAAAGUUUAUUAAAGAAUGCUGGAGAAAAUGUGGAUGUGACUUGUGGUGUGGAAACCGGGUAGUGCAAAGGGGUAUUUCCUGCAAGUUACAGGUGUUCUUGACUCCUGAAGGAAAAGGCUGGGGUGUCAGAACAUUAGAGGUCUUGCAGAAGGGGACAUUUGUGUGUGAAUAUGUUGGGGAGAUAUUGACCAAUACAGAGUUAUAUGAGCGAAAUACGCACAGCAGUGGAGCUGAGAGGCAUACGUACCCUGUAACACUAGAUGCAGAUUGGGGAUCAGAGCGAGUUUUGAGGGAUGAGGAUGCACUUUGUCUUGAUGCAACAUUUCAUGGAAAUGUUGCAAGAUUUAUCAAUCAUAGAUGCUGUGAUGCAAAUUUGAUUGAUAUCCCAGUUCAAGUGGAGACUCCUGACCGUCACUAUUAUCAUCUUGCCUUUUUUACAACCAGGACAGUGAGUGAUUUUGAAGAGCUGACGUGGGAUUAUGGGAUUGACUUUGAUGAUCUAGAACAUCCUAUUGAGGCAUUUCAGUGUAAUUGCAGAAGUGUAGCUUGUCGGGGCAAAAGACAGAAAGGACGAAAAGUUAGAUGAGCAGUGACCAAGGCUGUACCUUAAACUGGCUUAACUUGACUCUGUGAUAUGGUAGCUGAUGGUUAUGAAGCAUAGCAGCCAAGGCCCAAAACUAGACAAUUUUGUUGAAAGCGAGAAAAUUUAGGCAGAAUGUUGGAGAAGAUUAGAGAUAUUUUGUAGAAGCCAUAGAAGCACACUGGUGAUCAUAAACAGGAUCCUUGUAAUGUUAUCUCAUUCUGUGCGUUUUUGUGGGAACAUUGUAAUCAACUUGAUUUGACUUAUUUCAUCAUCCAAAUUCCCAUUGUCGUUGAAAAGUGAGGAAUGACUUCAGGUUUGAGUUUCAUGCUCCUGAAAGGGACCGACUCUGUCUGUAGUGGUGGAAAAGA